AUGGGGGGCUCAAAGAAGCGAGCAUUCGACGCCAAGCACCAGCGCCCAUCCAAGAAACAAAAACGCCAGCAGACGCAACAAUAUGACAGCGGCUCAGGCAGCGACGGCGAGGACAACCAGGAUUUUGAUGCCGUGAACCUGCUCGACUCGGAUGACGAUAUUCACAACGCAACCGUCGACGAUGUGGCACAGUCGGAUGACGUUGGCUCUUCAAGUGCGGAAGACGAAAGGCCCAGAGCGAAGAAAGCCAAGAGGUCUUCAACUCCAGUAGAGACACCGAGAAAAGACAGCGCCGAGUCUGCCGAGGAAGACGAGGACCAGGAUGAGGACGAGGACGAAGUAUCAGAUGUUGACGAAUAUGAGCUCGGCUCAGACAAUGCCACGAGCCACCGCAAAUCAAAGCGCAACGAUCCUAGCGCCUUCGCCACAUCCAUCUCAAAGAUCCUGUCUACAAAGUUAUCAUCGUCAAAACGCUCCGAUCCCGUCCUCUCGAGAAGUGCGGCCGCACACGAAGCGUCCAAAGCGGCCGUCGACAGCGCCCUAGAAGCCAAGGCAAAGCGCCACCUGCGCGACCAGAAGAAGAAGGCUCUCGAAAAGGGCCGCGUCAAAGAUGUUCUCGUAGCCAGUCGGGACUGCAUCACCGGUGAAGUUGAAUCAUCAACGGCCGAGAUUCUGAACACGGAGCGAAAGCUGCGCAAGGUCGCCCAAAGAGGUGUGGUGAAGCUCUUUAAUGCCGUGAGAGCUGCGCAGGUCAAAGCCGCCGAGGCGGAAAAAGACGCGAGGAAGCAGGGCGUGAUAGGUAUCAAUAACCGCGAGGAAAAGGUUAAUGAGAUGAGUAAGAAGGGCUUUUUGGAUCUCAUCAGCUCCGGCGGAGGGGGAUUGAAAAGGGGCGCUUUGGAGGAGGCUUAA